AUGUUCGGUGGAGGAGGAGGACAGCAGCAAGCUCCCAAGAAAACAACCCGAGAUGGCCAAAUGCCCAAACGCCGUGGACCCAAGCCGGAUAGCAAGCCUGCAUUGACCAGGCGACAAGAGCUGAACCGCCAGGCUCAGAGGACGCAUCGCGAACGAAAGGAGCAAUAUAUGCGGAAUUUGGAGACGGAAGUGUUGCGGUUGAAGGAGGCAUACACCACCGAGAUCGCCGAGGCCAAUGCGAAUGCCCAGCAGCAACGAGAGAUCAUUCAUGCAAUCCGGGACGAGAAUGAAAUCUUGCGAGAGAUCUUAGCCGCACAUGGAAUCCAAUACGAAGCCGAUCUGGAGCGCCGUCGAGCGGAGCGGCCCCCGAUGGUCGGCUACCAAUCUAGUCCUGUUGGUGGCAGCAGCACUGCAUCCGCAUCGCAGAUUGCAGGCUUCACUCACUCGGCCAGCAACCACAACACGACGCCUGCCACCACGAUAUCAUCCUCUGGCAUGAGCCCGCUUCACAAUACCGCCGAUCACUCCCACCCCGAGGUGUCGCCUCCAAUCGGGUAUGCGCCUCAACAGCAAGUAUAUCAGACCAGCCCAGGCGCGCAACCCAUGGGUAUGGAUCGGUCGUCAUGCGCACCAGUCGAUUCCGUGCAGCCCAUGCCUCGUAUAAGCGGUGUCUUCGAAAGUGACCCGCAACUACAGGUUGACUUUAUCCUAACCCUCGAAGGCCCUUGCCGCGAACACACAGACUACCUCUGCCGCCGUUCAGUCACAGAAGCCGAUGACGAGGAUAUGCCGUUCUCAGGCCAUGCUCUGAUGGCAACAUGCCCACCACCGAGCUACAUCGCCAAAACAACCCACGAACAACCAUACCCCCACAAAGCCCCCGACCUCCCGCAUGCAAACUUAAGCACUCUCCUCAACCUCAGUCGCCAGCUCGUCACCGAUGGCCAAAUUACACCCAUUAUGGCCCUACAAUGCCUUAAGAACCACGAGUUGUACACUACCCUCCGCCGCGAAGACGUCAAGAUCAUCAUAGAUACCCUCAACACUAAAGUCCGCUGCUACGGCUUCGGCGCAGUUGUCGAGGAUUUUGAGUUGAUUGAUUGUCUGAGCAGUGUUCUCGGCACCAAGGUCGAUCUCGGCAUGUCUGGCACAGCCGAUGAGUCGAUGUAUGGCUAA